UUUGAAUGCAGCUCAAAUGUGUCAUUUCUCCCGUCAUAACAAUAUAAUUUCUAACCUACAACAAAUUUAAUGCUUCUAUUAUUUAUAUUUGGAAUAAAAAAAAGUGAUGAAUAUGGACAUAAUACGGCAGUUAGAAGCUGCCGCGAGUGUAAUAAUGGCACCACCGAACAUCAUCACUGCUGAACAAAGACGUUCCGCUGAAAAUGUUUUCUUAACAUUUCGUAAAACGAAACUACCUUAUGACAUUUGCCGACAAAUACUCGAACAUUCUCAAGUUGAUUAUGUACUGUUCGAAGCGGCAGAAAUCCUUAAAAGUGCACUUAUACGAGAAUGGGUGUUUCUUCGAGAAUCUGAUACAAUCUCUUUACGUCAAUACUUAAUUCAGUACGUUUCACAUCGUGUCAAUUUACCUUUCUAUGUGCAAGAGAGACUUUUACAAGUCAUCGCGAUCAUGGUGAAGCGAGGUAGUGUGGAGGAUUUCGGACAAGAACGCACUGCUAUACUGACCGAUAUUGAAAAUCUGAUCAUAAGUGGAGAUCACGCUAAGAAAAUAAUGGGCUGCAACUUAAUCAUGAACAUUAUGCAAGAAUAUGCGAGCACCAUUAAGUCAACCGACGUCGGUUUACCGUGGGAGGUUCACUUUAAAGCAAAAAAACAAUUUGAAGUUACAGAUUUGAGGAAGAUUUUUAAAUUUUGCGUCCAGUUAUUGUCGGAAAUAAUAAAAAAUGAAGCGUUUGACGAGAAUUCAAUUAAAUUAAUGGAGCAUCUACUUUUAAUAACGGCCGCAGCGUUAACUUGGGGUUUCAUAUCGCCAAUGCUACCCAGACGUUUAAUAGGCGUCUACGAAUCCGUUUACGAGUCCGAUCAGUCACCUUCACUUCGUUUAGGCAUCGGUUGGAAAGAGGUGAUGUUAGCACCUCAACUUCUUCCACUUAUGUUCGAAAUUUAUUGGAAAGUACGAGAUUACGAAGUUCUUUUGCAUCACACUCUCAUAUGUUUAGUGCAACUGGCAUCUUUAAAUGGGGGAGUUUUAACCAAUGACGACGCUCGUUUACAAUAUCUAAGUUUGUAUUUAGAUAAUUUUCAAAAAAUUUUACGGAUGAUAAACGCAAAUUUUAAGGAGAAGGAGGUUUUGGGUAUUUCAAAUAUUGUUAAAAAAAUACAGUUAUUUUUCGGUAAGGAUUUAUCGAAACUACCCCAAACGCUACAAGAUUUAUAUUUGAAUGACAUUACCCAGAUUACUUGUUGCUUUGCCGAAGGAGCUAAACUAGAAGAAGCUCAAUCGGCUGAUGACAAGUACUACGUGGAAGCAUUUGACAACAUGUUGGAAGCAUGGACAAGCGUAUUUCAGGAUUAUUCCAAUGGGAAUGAUAACAUUUAUCAAUCGGCGACGAGAAUUUUCAAUUCGUAUCUGCAAUGCCAUUUAGCACCACCCGAAGGUUCUCGAAUGCAAGAGAAAGAUAACGAAGAAAUAGAGGACAACGAAGAUAACGAUCGAAUUAAGUUUAAAGAUCAAUUGCAAAUAAUCGGAAUGUUUGGACGAAUGGUGCCCUUGCAUUGUUUACCGAUUUUGUUCAGGUUGUUGGAAGAUAGGGGUAAUAAGCUUAAGUCACACUUACAGGCUAUGCAAACCUACACGAUGACCUUAAACGAUUCUAAAGCGUUAGAUAAUUUAUUUGAAGAUAUUCAUUGGAUUAUUCUAAUAGCUGGUCAUAUUUUGUGUAUGGACAGCGAUGGCGAAACGCCUAUGAUUCCUUCGGAAAUAAUGCAAUAUUCGAUCGGUCACCACGAUAAGAAUGAAUCAACUCUCGAAGCCACAUUAAAGGUUUUGGCCAGUGUUGGGGAAGUUGCUUUUGAAGUUGAAGGUAUCAAUCAAUGCGACCACGCUAUAAGGAUUUUUAGUGACGUUUUAAAGUUGUGUGUGCUCGAAUCAUCGGCGGGACAGGUUAAACUGGGCCACUUCAUGAGUCCCGAGGUUGGGUGCACGCUUAUGUGGUUUCUCAAAAGAUGGUGUGUUUCAUAUCUGUUGCCUACAGAAAAUUUUUAUCAAGAGAUAAGCCCAACAUUAAUUGGUGCCUUAGGACGAGAUACAGACGGUGCAAUUUUUGUUAUUAAUUUCGUUUUGGGAAAAAUUCAGACAAAUAUUUGCCAGUUUACAUCCGAACCUAUUUUAUUGCAGGACACAGUCGAUUUAUUUACCGAUAUUGUCGCCCUUAAGCAAAAAUCCAUGUAUUUUGUAAAAACAGAAGGUCUAUGGAAUUUAGUGAAUUUACAAAGGCAGCUGAAAGCGGGAAGUCUUCCACCGAACAUCCGAAGAGGACUUUACAAAAGUUUCGUCUUGGCGGGAUCAUCGUUAGCCGAUAUUGAGGCCUUAAAUGAAUAUUACCAACGAAUACUAAAGCCCAUUCAGUUAAGAUUUAAAGAAGUUUUAUGUCAGGAGAACUUUAACCGGAUCUACCAGGAAGAACACAUUAAAACCGAAAUCAUCGACAUUCUCGAGUGUUUUAUCGGAAUUGCGAAAGGCGUCCAAAUGUCAACUGCUCAAACGAUCUUCGAAUACGUAAUACCAGUUUUAUCAGAGCUUCCCUCCAUUCUUAGUCUGUACAGAGAUUAUCAAGUUAUUGUGCAAUUAAUUUUAGAGUUAUUCGGACAGUGUGCUCGUCACAGUUUGUGUUACUUAAAUUAUUUAGAUAGCGAGAGCCUGUAUGAGGUCUCUAUGGCAACUGUUGUUGCUUACGCCAGAUGUAAUUUAUGUCGAUUAACCGCGGAGGCCUCCGAGGAAAACAGUUUUCAAGACUUGAUUUUAGUUUUAGAAUUAUUGACUUUGGUUUUAUCGAAGGAGUGUUUAGAUUUGUGCCCACAAAGUCCCAAUCAGGCAGUAAAAAUCACGGCAGCCGACGUAUCUCUAUUCGGACUGAAAUUCAUUUUGCCUUUAAUAAAAGUCGAACUGCUUAUGUAUCCCGCUUUGUGCUCGCAGUAUUUUAAAUUAAUUGUUCUAAUCAACGAUCUUUAUCCUGAUAAAAUAUCAAAUUUAGACGACCAUAUGUUAACGCAACUUUUAGAAUCAAUCAAACUUGGACUAACCACAGGAUUUGGGACCGAUAUUUUACAAGCUUGUUUAGACUUCAUUCAAACGCUAGGAACUCAUAUCUACAGGAAUUCGUUGCAAAAUUCGAAGGUCUACCAAGCGCUCAUGCCAUUUUUGAAAUUAUUAAUGAAUCUAACUUUGUCUCACGAAAUUAGUUCCGAUAUGCUUACGUGUUCCAGCGUUUGUAUUUAUACUCUCAUUUGCUGUUACAGCGAUCAAUAUCAGGCGUUAGUAGAAGGUUUAAUUAAUACACAAACUGAUCCGUUAGUAGCUGAUCGAUUAGCCACCGCAUUUACUCAAUUAACAAGUAAUAUUCAAUUAAAUUGCGAAAGACAACCAAAGUUGAAAUUUAGAGAUAAUUUUGAUAAAUUUAUUGCUAAUGUUCACGGAUUUUUGCUGGUAAAGUAAUACUAUGCACUUUCCUGUUUUUCUUUGUAACAUGUCAUUAAUGUAUAAUAAUUUAUUGAACAUAAUUUCUUAAUGAAGGUGUAUGGGAGAUAUUAUGUUUAGUAGAACUUAUACAAUUACAUGAAAAUAA